AUGAGGCGCAUUAGGCUAUCACCGGUUGUUGGCCUCUGGGUUCCAUCUCGCCGUGUUGUUGAACGUGCUGUCGACAGUACUGUUGAAUGUCCCAUUGAAGAUGCCAUUGGACGUGCCGUUGACUGCGCUGUUGAAUGUGCCAUUGAAGGUGUCAUUGAAGGUGCUCUUGAAGAUGCUGUUGAACGUGCUGUUGAGACCGGUCCUGUCCGCGAGGAGCUUAUAGAAUGUCGCUCUGAACCUGGUAAGCUCGGUGAUUUAUCUCCACUUAGCGACAGUGAAUCCUUAAUGCUCCUCGCAACGCUCCUCACUGUGCUCCUCGUUGUGCUCGUGGGAUUACCAGCGUCCAGGCGUGAACUAUCACGGCCGUGGCCACGAUAUGGAUCUCUGGAGCUUGUGGAAUAG